CCAGAUCUGCAAUCGUAGGAUUCACAGGAGAAAAUUCCACCCGCGUUCUAACAGUGGAAAUGCGAUCAAGAAGCAACAGCCUGGAAAACGCAUCCAAAUCCAAAAGGUCGCAACAAAGAGGCAGGUCCCACCGUCGAAGCUCAGAAAGGGACGAGUUACAGUCGGGAACCAUUAACAUGAGUGAGAAUCUGGGUAAAAGGGACUACAUGGAAGAAACGGGCACCGUUCUGCGAAAGCGAAAAGCAAAGGCUCAAAAGACAUCGUCCAAGAAACGGGAAGAUCUGUCUCGAGAUGACCUGCUGUUCCUUCUCAGUGUUCUUGAAGGUGAAUUGGAGGCUCGAGAUGAAGUUAUAACUGUGCUGAAAGCUGAAAAGAUUGACUUGGCGCUGCUGGAAGCACAGUAUGGUUUUGUUACCCCAAAAGAUGUACUACAAGCUCUCCAGCGGGACACAAUCCAGUCCAAGAGCGAGCCACUGCAGGAGGACAUCUACGAAAGACCCAUGGUUGAGCUCGACAAACUCGUUGAGAAGCAGAAGGAGACUCACAGGCGGAUGUUGGAACAACUUCUCCUGGUUGAGAGGUCUCAUAAGCUCACAGUCUACGAACUGGAGGAUGAGAAAAAAAAACAUGUGGACUACAUGGACAAGAGCGACGAAUUUACCAACCUCCUUGAGCAAGAACGCGAACGGUUGAAAAAGCUGAUUGACCAGGAAAAGGCUUACCAGGCGAAAAAAGAGGAAGAAAAUGCUGCAAAGAUCUCCAAGCUAAAGGAGGAGCUCACCAAGUUGAAAUCCUUUGCGCUAACCCUAGUGGAUGAACAGCAACGCUUUUCUGAGCAGUUUAACCAACAGUGUCAAAAGGCCCAAGAUCUGUCGGUCGCCGCCCAGCAGGCACAGGAGAAACUCGCUGUUGCUGAGUGGAGGGUGCAAGAGGAAGAGCGUAAAGUCCUCAGUCUCGAGGUCGAGUUGCAGACGCGAGCCAGCGGGUUUUACCAGGAGCAGGAAGCGGCAAUGGCCAAGUUGACCAAUGAGGAGACGCAGAAUCGGCAGCUUCGCCUGAAGCUGGCCACCCUCAGCCGGCAGAUCGACGAGCUGGAGGAGACGAACAAGUCCCUGAAGAAGGCGGAGGAGGAGCUGCAGGAUUUGAGGGAGAAAAUAAAGUGCGGAGAGUGUGGGAAUUCCAGCCUGAUGGCAGAGGUGGAGGACCUGAGGAAGCGGGUGCUGGAGAUGGAGGGAAAGGACGAGGAGCUGCUGAAAAUGGAGGACCAGUGCCGGGACCUAAAUCGGAAGCUGGAAAAGGAGGAAAGCCACAGCAGGAACCUGAAAACCGAGGUCGGGAAAUUGAAGAAGAGAAUAAUGGAGCUGGAAAAAUUGGAGGACGCGUUCAGCAAAAGCAAGCAGGAAUGCUACGUGCUCAAGUGCAAUCUGGAGAAGGAGAGAAACCUGACCAAGCAGCUGGCAAAUGAACUGGAGACCUUAAAGGUGAGAGUCAGGGAGCUGGAGGCCAUUGAGAGCAAACUGGAGAAGGCGGAACUGACCCUGAAGGAGGACCUGGGCAAGCUUAAAACACUGACCGUGAUGCUAGUGGACGAGAGAAAAAAUAUGGCGCAGAAAGUGAGGCAGACCGAGGAAAAAUUUCAAAACGCCAACUCCCAUCUUCACAUGGAGGAGAGCAAGGUCACCACGGUCACGGAAAAGCUGAUCGGGGAAAGCAAAAAGGCCUUGAAGACCAAGGCAGAGUUAGAGGAGAAAAUGUACAGCCUGGCCAAGGAGAGAGAUGAACUGCGCAAAAAACUAAGGGCAGAAGAGGAGCGUGGCAGCGAUAUUCUGUCCAAGUCCAACAUGUUGAAGAAAAGGCUCCAGUCCCUGGAAGCCAUCGAAAAGGAGUAUCUCAAGAACAAAGCGAAACCGUCCGCACCUGUGCAGCACGAGGACAAUAAAGUCAACGAACUAACUCACGAGGUCGAACGCUUGAAGUGCAAAUUAAAAGACAUGAAGGUGGUGGAGGAUGACCUGAUGAAGACGGAAGACGAGUACGACUCGCUUGAGCAGAGGUAUCAGAACGAGAGGCAGAUGCUCAAGGUCCUGUCGCAAGAGCUUGAGGCCAUGAAGAAGGAAUUGUCCAGGCACAAGCUAGCGGAAAAGAUGGAGUCAAACCAGGAGCAGAUCCUGUUUGAAAAACUCGGCGAGGAGCAAGCAAAAUCGAGCCACCUUACAAGAGAGGUUGAAGCCCUCAAGGAGAAAAUUCACGAAUACAUGACGACGGAGGACUUGCUGUGCCGUUUUAAGGGAGAGCACACGUCGCUGCAAAGAAAGCUGACUCAGCAGGAGAAUCGCAACAAGGAAUUGGCGAGGGAAACCGAAAGCCUCACCAAGGAGUUGGAGAGGUACAGGCGGUUCAGCAAAAGCCUGCGGCCUGGCAUGAACGGCAGGAGAUUUGGAGAUUUGCAACUCUGCUCAAAGGAGGUUCAGACCGAUUCGGAGGACAACGACCUGCCCGAUUACGGAAGCCUAGUUCCUUUAGAGAAAGCAGUUAUCAAUGGGAAAAUAUGCGUGGAAAGCGAAGAGCUGGACGAGGGCGGUCAGGAGGAAGAUCUGUCGCUGCAAGUUAAUUACAAUUCGUUAUCUGUAAACAGCGUCAACAACAACAGGAGGUCGUGGAUUCCGUGGAUGAAGCGCAAGGAGAGUCCUCCGCAAAACGGGAAAGCCGCGUUCAAGCAGAACGGAAACCUAGCACAGCCCGGGGAGGUGGUCCUCACGCAGAAACAAGGGCAACCGCUUCACAUAAAGGUCACACCCGAUCACGGGCACAACACGGCCACUCUCGAAAUCACCAGUCCCACUUGUGAAAACUCGUUCUCUUACACCAGCACGGCGGUUAUCCCCAACUGUGGUGUGCCGAAGCAGAGAAUCACAAUUAUUCAGAACGCCUCAAUUACGCCUGCAAAGUCAAAGCCAUCUGAUGGGUACUCCACGCCAGACCGGGCCUUUUCGCCUCUUGCCAUGACUGCAAUGUCAAGAUCCAAAACUCCUGACUCCUGCGGUUCGAUAACUCCAGAGAGGACAGUGUCCCCCAUUCAGAUUGUCGCUGUGACUGGGAGCUCCGCCGGCUCUCCCGAACGCAUUCUGUCCCCCGAACCUAUGGAUUCUGCCAUGGCUCACACAGUCUUUAGAGUGGCCCCUGAGAGGAUACAAGGGCGCCACCUGCAAAAGUCAAACGGCACAAGUCCUAACGUAAUUACCACUGAAGACAAUAAAAUCCACAUCCACUUAGGUAACCCCCACAUUCAGACAAUUACACCCAUGGCAAGACCAAUGAGCCCGUGCAGCCCAUUGCAGGAAAGCAGAAUGCCAGCUUUAACUAACGGAACACCAAAUAAACCAACUAAUAAAGUCACCAGCAGUAUCACUAUUACACCAACAGCCACUCCUGCCCCACGCUAUUCACAAAUUACAGUAAGUAAUGUCUAUGAUUAAUCCCCCCACCCACAUCCGAACCCAACUCCUGUGAAAAUAACAGCACUCUUAAUUUUGUUCUUAGAAGAAAGAAAUAGCUACAUUACCUGCAUCCUUUUGGUUUGGGAGUGGUUUGUGCAUGUUAUGUAUAAACCCUGCAUCUGAUCAAUACCCUUCUUGAAUUUUGUGUGCUCGGUACUAAUGCGUGUGCAUAUUAUAAACUGUAAUACCACAACAUUAAAAAUCCUUGUAUUAAAAAGGUCAAUCACUAUUUAAUCCGCACCUUGUAUUAAAACAAAACCAACUGUAUUUGCUUCACAUUGUUAAAGAGCAGCAACAUUUUUUUCCAAUACAAAUUGUAAUAGGAGAAAACCAUUUCAUUCAGUUACAGUAAACAUUGGUAAACAUUA